AUGAAGAUAACUAGCUGGAUACCUAGUUACGUCUCAAUCAACCUUGUUACGCCCGUUCUCUUGCUAUGUUCCUUUAUCCUCCUCCUACUUACUUGUCUUUCUGCACCUAUAAUUCCAAUCGUUGACUUCUUCAGGCUAACCACCGUGCCUACACGAGGUCAGCGCUCUCCACAGGCCACCAUGUAUUACGGACUGGCAGGAUACUGUCUCAUUUCUAAGCUACCAUUCAGAGGCGCGCACAGCGACACAGUCUGCGUAGAUACAGGCAUCGGUUAUUCGCUUACUGCGCCCACCCAGUUGCCAAUGGGGCCUUCUUUUGCAGUAAAUGCCAUGAAACGUUCAUUGUCAACGUCACUAGUCUUGAAUCCAGUUGCCUGUGGAGUCACAUUUGUUGCAUUUGUCGUGUCCCUUUUCGGUUUCCGGACCAAAUCCUACAAACCUUCGCGAUUCGUCCAGACGGCAGUCUUGACAACUACGAUCCUGGCAGCACUUUUGACAACGACUGCGUUCGUAGUGGAUGCCAUGGUCGCUAGUCAUGUACAGAAUCGGAUCAAUUCCAACACUGCCCAACUGAGUGUAGAUUGGGGUAGUGCGGUUUGGAUAACCCUUAGCGCAUUAUUUGUUACGUGGAGUGCGACGAUUACCUCGUCGGCUGAUAUGGUCGGUUGUUGGGGGCGAAAUAGGAGAGUGAACAAAUACUAAAAAGUCUGCUCUAUUGAGCUUGCAUAUCACGUCACGAAUGAAUGUCAAUUCAAUAUGCCCCGUUAGUUGGAAGGGUUCAUAUCAUGGACUCGCGUACUCUUGGCAAUGUUAACUAUAUCCAUAUAUGUUCACCUCUGCAAGCACGGCGCAUAUAGUGAUCCCUGCCCAAAGGGUCAAUUCGGAUUUCCUGAUGUCUCAGAUGUUGUUCGCACGCACGCUGCUGCAUUUAAUUCACUCACUCUCGUCGAAUCGGGUUUCCUUGCCUCAAGAGCUCUAGAGAUCGUAUUCGGAAGCCAGGUACGUAUCAUAUCAG